AGCUGUCCAUACACACAUUCACGUAUGCGACUGUUGCAUUCGUUAAAUUAGUGUUAAACUUUACAUAACGUAAACAAUCACACACUGAGACCCAUUUAAGUGUCAUAUCAUUGACAACUGACAACAAUCUAGUCUUCAUCUUGGACUCAAAAAUAUAUAGGAAGCAUCCUGGGCUGAGGUGUGCUUUCGUGUCGAAGAUUUUUUUCAGACAGAAACAUACGUGGCCGUACGGUAAAGGAUAUCAAAUCUCCUUUGCAAAAGGUUAUUUCGAUUGCACCAAUGAAGAGCGCGUAGACCGUCAUUGAACAAACAAGAUUCAGCUGAUGAUGAUGAGAGCUGAAAGCACUUUUGCUCAGAACAGGAUUCCUUCAUGCCAGACUAAUUUAAUUCCGCGUUAUUGAGGGACUGAGAACGCUAGCAAAGAUGUCGAAAAGAAGCCGCGGGAAGGGUGAAAAGCCUGAGGUGCUGAUAGAUGCCCUACAGUCUGCCAAUGAGGACCUCAGGACUAAACUGACAGACAUUCAGAUUGAGUUCCAGCAAGAGAAAGGCAAGGUAGCCAAACUGAGGGAGAAGCUGCAGGAGGCCAAGCAAAGCCGAGAGUUGGAGCAGCACAAGCACACGGUCCUGGUGACUGACUUAAAAGCCAAACUCCACGAGGAGAAGAUGAAGGACCUGCAGGCAGUGCGGGAGGUCCUGAUCAAACAGCACGAACAGGAGCUGACCCGCAUCGUCAAGAUCCGGGAAAGCGAGCUCCACCGCCUGCAGUCCCUGGUCAACGUGCUGCGGGACGGGGCGGCCGACAAGGUGAAGACGGUCCUGCUGAGUGAGGCCCGGGAGGAGGCCCGCCGUGCCUUCGACAGCGAGCGCACCAAACUGCAGCAGGAGAACCUGGAACUGAAGUCGGCGAAGAAGCAAUUGGAGGAGACUUUGAAUAACAUCAUGCAGGCUGAUAAAGCCAAAGCUGCAGACCUGAGGACUGCGUACCAGUCGCAUCAGGAGGAGACGAACCGGAUAAAGCGGGACUGUGAGAGGGAAAUACGCCGGCUGAUGGAUGAGAUCAAAAGCAAGGAAAGGGUGAUUCUGGCCGCGGAGAAGGAGCUUGGUGUCCAGGCCGGCUACGCUCAGAAGCUACUCCUGCAGAAGGAAGCUCUGGGUGAGCAGUUGGUGCAGGUGAAGGAGGCUGAGCGACAUCACAGCAGCCCCAAGCGAGAGCUUCCUCCAGUGCUGGGAGAAUACACAGACUUCACGCUGAGCCAGCAGCUGGAUGACAGAGAUCUGCGGAGGUUCCAGUUGAAAAUUGCAGAGCUGAAUGCAGUAAUUCGCAAACUGGAGGACAGGAAUACACUGCUCGCUGAUGAAAGGAACGAGCUGCUGAAGCGGGUUCGAGAGACGGAGAGUCAGAUGAAACCGCUGUUUGAAAAGAGCAAGAGGCUGUCCAAGAAGAAUGAAGACCUUCUGCAGUCUCUACAGCGCAUGGAGGAGAAGCUAAAGAAUCUGACGCGGGAGCAUGCCCAAAUGAAAGAAAAAUUACACGCGCAGACACAAACUGCUCUAAGGAGACAGAGCUCUCUCAACGACCUGAACCAGACCCAUGAGGAACAGGAGGUGGAAUUCCUCAAGCUGCAGGUCAUAGAGCAGCAAAACAUGAUAGAUGACUUAUCCAUGGAAAGAGACAGAUUAAUGCGAUGCAAGAAAACCAAAAGGAAAAGCAUUAAGCUGCCAAAGAGGCAUGUUGUGGAGACAUAUUUUGGAUUUGACGAAGAGUCUGUGGAUUCUGAGACCUCCUCCUUGACUUCCUACAACACAGACCGAACAGACAGGACCCCGGUAUCUCCAGAAGACGACCUGGAUGAAGGUAUAUUGAGAGAAGAAUCAGAGCUGCGGUUUAGACAGCUGACGAGGGAGUACCAGGCACUGCAGAGGGCCUACGCUCUGCUUCAAGAGCAAGUUGGGGGAACACUGGAUGCUGAGCGGGAAGCUAGGACCCGUGAGCAGCUGCAGGCAGAUCUAAUAAGAUACCAGGGGAAAAUAGAAGACCUUGAGAGAUCCCUGGCAGAGAGGGGGCAGGACUCCAAAUGGGUGGAGGAAAAACAACACCUCAUCAAAACAAACCAGGAGCUCUUAGAGAAGAUCACGAAAUUAGAGGGGGAUGAGGGCCGUCUGAGAACCGAGAUGCAGGAUUCAAAGGACCAGAACGAACUGUUAGAGUUCCGAGUCCUUGAGCUUGAAGUAAGAGAUUCCAUCUCUAAACUGUCCACUGGAGGGGAGAUUGGGUUUGAAAGCAAAAGGAAAACUUAUGUUCAAUAACACACAGUUAUUUUUAGGUUUAAGGGCACCGCUCAUGUUUGUGAAACACAUUAUUAUUGUUAGUUUUUUUUUUUUUAUGUUACUGUUUUUUAUAUAAACACAGUUAUGUUAAAAAGAGAGUAUUUGUCACUGCCUUAAUGUGAUUAUUAAAUAUUUGA